UCUGUGGAGCCUUGGCUUACCCACCCUCAAGCGGAGAUGGAGUGGGCUCCCAAGCUGUUGCUUUUCUGUGCUCUCUGCCUCUUCUUGGCCCUGGAUGCUACCCCUGCAUCAAAAGAGCAAAGCAGAGGAAAAAAAGGAAGAAGGAGAGGCUCAGCCAAAGUCAGGGAACAGCAUCUGCGGGCACAGGAAUCCUCGCCUGACCCUGUGCUGAGGGUAAAUCUGGGGGCCCUCACCAACUACACCUUCGUGGAGGAUUAUGAGCAGAGCAUUCAGGAGAUGGUUAACCAGCUGCGAAAUAGCUCCGAGCUGCUGGACAGUAAAUGCCAGGUCAAUCUGAGACUCUGGAUGUCGAACAAGAGGAGUUUGUCUCCAUGGGCCUAUAGGAUAAACCACGAUGCAUUCCGGGUUCCAGCUGACAUCCCAGAGGCGCAUUGUCUGUGCGCAGGGUGCAUCAAUCCCUUCACCAUGCAGGAGGACCGCACCAUGGUCAGCAUUCCUAUCUAUAGCAAAAUCCCAGUGAGACGUAUGCUGUGUGAGCCCAGCAAGCCUCACAGGAAGAAGAAAAAGUGCCACAAAGAGUACAAGAUGAUUAUGGAGACCAUUGCUGUGGGCUGCACUUGCAUCUUCUGAGGACCCAGGAGGAAGGGGCUUCCUGCUCUUAUGGAUGAAGUACUAUCUUUGCUCUUCUAAACUGCUCUGUUCUUCUUUUGCCAAAUGAGAAAACACCAAUGUACUUUUAGAAAUUGAAGUAACUUGCGCUUGACUGGGCCGCGGUCAUGGUUAGAGUGCAGUACUGCAGGCUACUUCUGCUGACUGCCA